AUGAAUGGUGAUGAAGAUCCGCCAGCGCCACUGAUUAAUACUAGAAAUGGAUUUACAAAACCAUUACAUGGAGAGCAAAUAUUGUCAUGGGUUGGAUUUUUCCUUAUGAUUGCAGGUUAUUUCUUAUUUAUUUUUCCAUCUCUUUAUCCAACAGAAAGAGCAAUCUGCACACCAAUAUUUUGUGUUCUUUGGCUCAUAUUCAAUUGCUUAUUAAUUCGCGCCGCGCUUGAAAAACAUAGAUCUUCAGUCUUACCAGAUGAUACAAAAGAUAACGCCAUCAGGUGUAGAUGGUGUAAGCGAACUGUCAUACAAGGAGCAAAACAUUGUCGCUCAUGCAAUCUUUGCAGGCUAGAUUUUGAUCAUCACUGCUUUUUCUUAAAUAAUUGCGUCACAAACGACAACUACAACUAUUUCCUAUUCGGAAUUAUCUUCCUUCUCCUUGCUUCCAUGAUAGAAUCGGCCUUAUCCAUAUAUGUCGUCAUGGGAAUGGGAAUGAAACAAGAAAACUCCGCCAGAUCAAUGCUUGCUAAUGCCGAAGCAUUUUAUGGGGCUAAGAAAAAGAUUCCCGCUGCUGUUUGGUAUGUUUUCCAUGGGCUUCUCCUUUUUAUGCUCCUCGGAAUUGAAUAUUUCAUAACUUUGUUGCUGGGAUUGCACAGUUGCUUGAUCAGGAAGAACAUCACAACAUUCGAUGUCAUCCAGUACAGAAGAAUGAUUGACGCUAACAAAGAAGCACAAAAGAUUGCACAAAAUAAAAAACCAGCACCAACAAUUACUGUUAUUCCAAACUCAUCAAAAUUUAUUCCUUAUCCGCCUCAACUGGAUAAAGAAGAACCAGAACAACCUCAACUACCAGAAAAAGAAGUAUCUUACUCGACUUCAAGCAAAAAACAAGAUAAAAAUGAACAAAAUAAUAAAGAAAAACAAAAAGAAGAUAAAAGUGAAUCUUCAUCUGAUUCAAGCACUAAAGGAAAGUCUGAAUCAGCUGUGGAAAUUCCAAAGGAAGAAAAAGAAAAAUCUGUCUCAUAUUCUUACUCAAAAUCUUCUUCUCCAAAGAAAACAGAGCCAAAGAAAGAGGAAUCAGAACAAAAUAAAGAAAAAGAAAAUUAUGUUUCUUACUCUUACUCAAAAUCAAAAUCUCUAAAGAAAGAAGAACCAAAGAAAGAGGAAAUUGAACAAAAGAAAGAAGAAGAACACUCUGUUUCAUACUCUUACUCAAAAUCUUCAAAGAAAGAGGAAAUAAAACAAGAACAAAAUAAAGAAGAACCGGUGCAAGAAAAGGAGGAAGAGCAUUCUGUUUCAUAUUCUUAUUCAUAUUAUGCUUAUUCAUCUUCUUCCAAAAAAUAA